CUUGCUUGUUGGAGGAGGGCACUCCCUCAGCUCACUUCUCUUCCUCUUUGGGGAGUUGAGUUGAACGGCACAGCUGAAGUCCUCCCUGUCCCUUUUCACGUUACAUCCGUCCGGACCCCAACCGGAGAACCGCCGCACUGUGAGCAUCACAUCAUCAGAUCCACACAACAUGGAGUACUCUAUCCGUGCAGCCAACGUGGAGGACUGCAAGGACAUCGCGCGGAUGAUAGUGGAAUUGGCUGAAUAUGAGAAAAUCGCAGACCAUGUGAAAGUCACACAGAGAGACUUGGAGCAGGACGGCUUCUCCAAGAACCCGUUCUUCCACGGGAUCAUCGCUGAAGUGCCAGAACAGCACAAAACCAAAGAAGGCCAUACGAAGAUAGGCUAUGCACUUUACUUUUAUUCCUACAGCUCAUGGUCGGGUAGAGCCAUUUUUAUGGAGGACUUGUACGUGAUGCCUGAGUUCAGAGGGAAGGGCAUUGGUAAAGCACUCAUGAGCAAGGUAGCACAGCUGGGCCUGGCUGCCGGCUGCAACCAGCUCAACUUCACCGUCCUGGACUGGAACAAAGCAUCUCUGGACUUUUACCUCAGCCAGGACUGCUUCGAUGUCACAGCUAACAUGGGUUACCACUAUAUGCGCUGCGAGGGAGCGGCACUGGAGCACCUGGCCCAACCAUAACCCAACACUGGGCUCAUGACGUCAUGACCUUUGCAACCAUGAGAUCAACCCACACAGUGCAGGGAUAUAGCACCACUCAGUGGCCCCAUUCCAAAUCUUGACAAUAACAAUUGUGAAUUUGAUUUCUCAAAAAAGAAGAUUAUUAAAAUAACUGACUGUUCGUUAAGUGUGCGCCCACCACUUACUGUUACUACGCCUGUCAAGUUUUCCAUGCUAGCACAGCACAUAUGCAGUUAACAAAAAUAUCAAUGGCAGAUUUACCACCUGAAAGUCUUCGUAAUUUUUCACACAAUGGGUCUUUAAUUUCACAUAAAGGUAAACAAAAGAAGGCUUCUCAUUUAUAGAUAAUCACUGUCAAUUUUGUCAGCUGAAUAACAACAGUUGGCAGAUUUUAAUAGCUGUAGUUAGCCAGCGUUAGCUAAUUAGCUGACCUCAAUUCACUGAGCUGGCUCAAAACUCUGUCUGCAGCCAAAUUUUUGAUUUUUCCAUCUGACGUGCUUUAAAACGAGAACCCUGUAAAAUAUACACAAUAGCUACAUUAAUAAUGCUAAAAGACUGAUGCUAAAGCUACAUGUUCCAGGCAAAAAGUCAGCAUCCUUACUAGUUGAUUAUCUAUGUAGAAGACAUGGAUAUAAGGAGCAGCAUUGUUUUUGUCUUGCAAUGUAGAGCUAGUUAGCCCUAGUAUUAUAGUAUAGUAUUAUUAAUAAAAAUAUAAUUCAAAUAUUCAUUGUUCUAACACAGACCUCUUUUGAUGCUCGCUAUAUAUAAACUUGGACAAGCAGCACAGAGGUUAGAUUUAUGUUUUAUUGUUCUCAUUUUCAAACACUAUGUUUCACUUUUACAAGCGAAAAAGUUUUGAAGAUGAGGACUACUCUGAGGUGUUUCACAAACAUAGAUUGGCUGGAGUUGCUGGAGUGAAAACUUUCCCAAAUCCAAUAAUGAGCAGGACAGAACCGGUAAUGUUAGCCUAAACUAAUUUUAUGCUCCUUGGCUUUAAAAGUAAUGCUCAGUUACUACUGGUCGUAAGCUAGUUAGCCAGGCAUGCUAAGAUUUGCAACUUACAUUAGAGCAGACAAACCCACUGUUAAUGCAUUCCUUACAAUUUUGCUGUUUGUUGCUGUGGGUUUUUGGUCUGGGUAAAGCUAAAAACAAAAGACCCUCCAAACUCUUUAUAUACGAGGUAUCGCUCUUACUACAUCCUCAGGCACACCGCUUCAACAUGUAGGCUGUUUUGUGUUUUCCCCCUUGGGAUAUGUUAUGACCCAGAGCACCUUUGAUUUCGGUGUUAAAUGGAUCAGAUAACCUAACCUUUAGAAUAUAUGGGCAUGAGAAAGGUCUGACAGGAGUGUGCGCGUGUGUGUGUGUGUGUGUGUGUGUGUGUGUGUGUGUGUGUGUGUGUGUGUGUGUGUGUGUGUGUGGUGUGGGGUUUUUAGAAAAAGUCUUAGCAUACAGUAAAACAAUUCAUCAUCUACAAAUGAAAUAAUUUUUUUGCACAAAAAUCCAGAAAGACCUUUUGCAUUGCAAAGCCAAGAUGUAUGUUUCAUUGUAUGACUGUUGGAAAAGAGUGAGUUUUUGCUAUCUUAUCCCUUUAAAUGUAUUACUAAUUUAAACUAUGACAACAGCAACCAAAGAGUCAGUCUCCUCUCCCCUCAUCUUCCAGAUGAGGAGUACUGUAAAACUGUUGUGAAGCACAAUGUUGUUAUUUGGACUGUUUUCUUCCUUUUAAGCUAUGUAUGUACAAAGUCGUUGUGAUGAAAUUGUGAAGUAAAGGUAUCAGUUGGACUCUAAACCUAAACCUACUUUCCUGCAGCCAAACAACAAAAUCUUGGGACUGGUUUCAAAGAAAGGGAUGAAGCCUAGAAUCAGGCAAAAACAAUCCAUCUGGUGGGAUUUAAAAAAUAAAAGUCUUGGACUGGGCUCAGUUUGUGUCUUUGAACCUGUCCUGCUAAAAUGAAAGGGGCAUAAUUCUGGGCUGCACUUCUGUUUUAUAUCCAGUUUACUUUAAAAAAAAAAAAAGAAAGCUUUUUGUAUCAUUUCCAGCUAUUUAAUGAAAACAGUCUUGAGUUGUGGGUUAUAUUUAGUUUGUUUUCUCUCAUUCUAAACAAGUAAGAACCACUGACCCUCCUUUGUAGCUUUUGCAAUUUGCUUUUCUUUUCAUACUUUGUUUACAAAAUAAUUGAGUAAAGAAUGUGCAUUUUUUUCAUCUUUGGCACAUUGUGUUGUAAAAUAUUCACGUAUGUUUGCUUCAGUGUGCAAAAUCUACAGACCUCAUCAGUGUGGAAGAGUACAUUAAUGUGCUGUCAUCGUGCUGUUACAGAGUGCAUGAGCCCAAGACUCAAUAGAGUCCAAGGGAACAUGAAGAGAUAUUUAUAACCUCCCUUGUCUGCAACUUCCCUUCAGAAUGCCAAACCCAGAGCUAUAAAUUAUACAACUUGUUACUCUGCUCCCAGCAUAGAUUUCUCGAACUGUUUCAAAAUCAAAUCAAAGUUCACCCUGAUUCCUGUCAAAUCAUGGCAAUAAAUCAGCUUUGAAGAGCAACUUUGCAUACAAAAAACAAGAAAAGAUAGUUCAGUGCUUGAAAUGUUUAUUCAGAUUUUAAUAGGAUGUGUGUGUAAUUAUUACACGGUGUAACAGUCCGUGUAAGUAGAUACGACAACCAUGUUGAUGUAUUGGGCUCAUUUCCACAACUUGGGUGCUGUGUAGUUGUCAGGAAGGGGCGUAAGUGUGUCACCCAGUGUACCAUUCACAUGGUGAGAUAUUUCUAACAUGUUCAAUACUGGUGUUAUUGUGUUUUUAAAUGCUACGUGCAGUAAUUGAUGUUUUCUGCAAGGAGAGGCAUAAGUUUUAUUGUGUUAAUGUGUCUCAUUUAGUCUCUGAAAUGGCUGAAAAUAUAGAUGGUCAUAGUUGGGUGGAAACCUUGUGAAUCCAAAACGUAAACCUUUCAGGAACACCAUGCAUUUCAGACUUGACCCACUGACUUUUUUUUUAAAGGGCUUCAUAAGAUCAAAUAAAUUCCCUCAACCCACAAAGGAGCAUGCAAUUCCUCCACUGAAACAGGAAAAUCACCAAAAAUGGAUUCAUAGUCUUUUCGCAUGACCAGUAAAAUGUUUGAUGUCAUAAUUUCACCCAACUGGCCACAAAAAGCACAUUUCACAGUUAAGUGGCAGUGUACCAGUAAUCCUGAUACAUUAGAAAAUGUCAACAAGCCAUGUCACCUUUAGCCUAGAACCUGCAUGAGAGUCAAAUGUUGGUUUAAUAAAAGUAUUUUAGGCUUCUUGUAACCCAUUCUUGAAAAGCAAGAGUGUGUUUUACUUGUAUACUUGUUUGACUGCUCUGUUCAGCUGACACUGAUGAAUAAAACCUGUCAGACUGCAGUUGUACAAUAAAGUGAUGUGUGUGAAUGUG